UCCAACAUAUAAAGGUAAUAUUAGGCGUUAAUGUUCUAGUUUGCAAUUGACUCUGAUUUGAUCUGGAUCUCAGCUAAGAUGGAAUUCUAUUCACUAAUGGCCAUUUCUCUCUGCCUGAGUGUUGUGAGAGCUUUUCCUCAACGCCAAGAACGCGGCUUUUCCAAUUCAGCCUACUACCAACCAGCUCAAGUCAGUCAAAUACCCAUCUUGAGCAUGGAUGUGAAAAAUGAUGGUGAAGCUUAUCAGUUCGCCUUUGAAACUGGAAACAAGAUUGCCCAACAGGAAGCAGGCGAUGGAGUUAGAACUCAGGGGUCUUACGCGUACGUGGCUCCGGAUGGUCAAAAAGUGUCCAUGAGCUACGUUGCUGAUGCGGAAGGAUUCCGGCCUCAAGGUUCCCAUAUGCCGGUGGCUCCGCCCAUGCCGGAAGCGAUCCGGAAAGCUGUAGAGCAGAAUUUGGCUGAUGAAGCCAGAGGAAUAGUUGAUGAUGGCCAGUACCAUGAAAACCCAAAGACUUUACCAGCCCCCGCUUUGCCACCGAAGUACCGAGUUUAGGGCGAUCUGAAUUUUGCCGUAUAUAUGUGAUUUAGUUGCAAAUGUUGAAUAGCUAGAAAAUAGACAAAUUUCCAUACU